AUGGCUGAAGAAGACACCAUCUUUUCCAAAGAAGAGGUCGCUCCCUUUUUCCAAAAGUAUGCUGCAGUUUCUGCAAACAGAAAAUGUUUUGACUGCGGUACAUCUAAUCCUACAUGGUCUUCUACAACUUUUGGUAUCCUCAUCUGUUACGACUGCUCAUCCGUUCAUCGCAACCUCGGUGUCCAUUUGUCGUUUGUACGCUCCAUCUCACUUGACGACUGGUCGUCUUCUAAGCUCCGCACCAUGCGUGUUGGUGGUAACCAGGCCGCACGGGAAUUUUUUGCCAAGAAUGGCGGUUCUCGCUUUUUGACUUCUGGUGCUAAUGCCACGGAAAAAUACUCGUCACCUUGUGCGGAAAAGUACAAGAAGGAACUCCAACGCCGUGUUGUUCUCGAUAUUGCUAAAAACCCUGGUGAUGAGGCUCUUCUUUUUGAAAAUAUCAAGCUCGACGAUUCUCCCUCGCAAUCAUCUACACAAUCUGCCACCGCUGAUGAUGACGAUGACUUCUUUUCCAGCUGGGAAAAGAAGAAACCCACCCCUCCAGUCUCGCGCUCGCAAACUCCGAUAUCGCGUACAAACUCUCCCUUGGCAGACUCUUCCUCUGCAUUACCCACCAAGGCCAAUGGUGCCUCUACUGCACAACCCACUCGCGUGAUACCCUCUAGUAAGCCCAAGGCUUCCAUUCUCUCAUCAAGAAAGACAAACUCAAUUCUUUCAUCUAAGUCUAGUUCCGGUGCAAAAAAGCUUGCAGUCAAGAAAAUUGCUACCAGUGACAUUGACUUUGAGGCCGCCGAACGUGAAGCCAAGGAAGAAGAAGAAACAAUUAACAAACUCGGCUACAACCCUAAUGAUCCUUCCUCAGCUCCCCCCUCUUCCAGUGUCAAUGUCAAAAAGCUGGCCACUGCUUCUACUUCGUCAUCUACAUCUAACGCUUCCUCUGGAUUCAGCACCACCCCAUCUACUACAAAGGAGGAAGCCCCCAAGCCUAUCAAGCUUGGCUUUGGCCAAGUAUCUAUCCCCAACUCGGGUGCAUCCAAGUCUUCCAGUGCAUCUUCCACGCGCCGCUCAACUCCAGUGCCUGCAUCAGACGGUUCUGUGGUGGCCAAGUUUGGUGGCCAAAAGGCCAUUUCAUCAGACCAAAUGUUUGGUCGCAACAAUUACGAUCCUGCGGCUGCUGCUGAGGCUCGCACGCGGUUGUCUGCAUUUGGCGGCGCAACUUCUAUCUCUUCUUCCAGCUACUUUGGUGAAGAUGAAAACGCCGAAGGGUCUAAUAACAGAUCAGGUGGUGAUGUGUCACUUGAAAGCAUGGCCCAGGACAUUGCAGGCCGUGUUCGUGGAAUUGCUGGUGAAGAUAUGAGUGCGCUGAGAGAUGCAUUGGAACAAGGUGCCACUAAGCUUGGUGGAUUUAUGCGUGAUUAUCUGCGUUAG